AUGGGCUCGAAUAUUGGCAACGGCCUCGGAGGAAUGGAUCUCAGCGGCGCAAUGCAGGGCAAUGCGUCCAACCAGCCGCCGGCUACUGAAUAUACGCUUCAGGGCGUGAUGCGCUUUCUGCAGACGGAGUGGCACCGACACGAACGCGACCGAAAUGCCUGGGAGAUUGAGAAGCAGGAGAUGAAGGGGAGGAUAGCGAACCUCGAGGGCCAGGCGAGGAGGGCAGACGCUACGCAGAAGGCGCUGAAGAAAUAUGUAUCCAUCCUCGAACGAAAGAUCAAGGACCAAGCUGCGCAGCUCAACGGCACCUCUACUACCGAGGACGCUGACCCGGCGAAGAAGGAUCGCGCUGCCAAGAUUCAAGAAAAGCUGCGAUCUUCAUCAGAGAAUCAACCCGUUCCGGGCGUUGAAGGCAUCGAAGUCGAGAAGACAGACGACGAGUCACAGCGAACAGAGCUCAAGACGUUUCUGGACCAAUGCCAGUCCGAGUUUAUGUAUCUUAUGAUUACCCCAGCGAAUCCCCUACCGCCUCGAGAGUCACCCCCCCUACCGAUUUUAGAAGAUCUACGAGAAGCCGAAGCCUUUGGUAUGCCUGGCGCGCAGCUCAUGGAACGACAAUACCAGCUUCCUAUGCGACAAGGGCCCAACCACAUGCAAGAUAUGAAUUCGAGACAGCAUCCAGGGCCCAACUCUUUGCAGCAGCAGCAGUCCAAGUUCAUCUCAAACGCUCCCGAGAUGCAACCGCAGAUGGUGCGCUCCACAAACGAUCAUCAACAGCAGUCUCUCUUUCACAACCCAAAUGACUGGCAGCAGCAACAGCAGCAGCAGCCGAUUUCGGUGACCACGCGACCUGUGGAAGAUGGUCUGCCGCGACCUAACCACUCUGCUGAGUCAAUGGGUGCGGUGGAAGAGUCUAUAGAGCUGAGGGAAAAGCCUCCAGCUGCCCCUGAUCCUGAAGGCUGGGAGUUUCCUGAUGGCUCGUUCCCAGAGCCUGCAGCUAGCCACCCACCGUCUCAAACCUCUAGUUACCGAUCCGAUACCGACGCAUUUCCAAACGCAGAGUACUUGACAAAGUCCCCAAAUCGAGCUCAGCCUCACCGAAGAAAGAGCUCCAUGUCUAAGCGACGCAAUAGUGAUCACGAUUUGCUGACUGGCGCAAACCAAAAGGCUGAAAGCGGGAGUUUCAAGCUACGAUUUGGGCUGAGGGGACAUCUCAACACCAUCCGUACAGUCAUAUUCUCGGGCGGAGGUAGCCCUGGCGAGCCUGAGAUUUGCACAGCUGGCGAUGACGGCAUGAUCAAGCGAUUCCAUAUCCCACGGCUGGACGGCAACGCUGCCACUUCAAACAAUGCCGCGUCUGACCUAGACGUCACUGCAAACUUUACACACCGCGGCCACGCUGGUGCCAUUUUAUCGCUGGCAUCAUGGUCUCUUGCUCCUAAUUUCUCCACUGGAGGUCGUGCUCAGGGUGAUGGCUGGAUCUUCUCUGGAGGUCAAGAUGCCACCGUCCGAGUUUGGGAACGUGGCAGGGUCGAUCCCAAGGCGACACUGGAGGGACACACGGACGCUGUAUGGGCGCUCUGCGUCUUGCCCACGACAUUGGGAGCUAUAUUUGGAAACGCGAGCAACUACGGAACCCCUGACCGAAUACUACUCGUCUCUGGCGCAGCAGACGGAACUGUGCGACUUUGGUCAGUAAGCGCUCCUCCUCAGCCAACCUCACCGCAGCCGGCACCACAACGAGCGCAAUCAGGCCGCGGACGAGUGCGUGGCAACUCGAUGAGCUCUGGCAGUGGCUUUUCCAAUUCUCCCCAACCCACGGUGGCUUCGAAUUCACCCUUUAACCACACACUUGUGCAUGUCUUGUCGAGAACAGAGGGAACCAACGCAAGCCCAACGUGCAUUGCGCCUCUUGGAAGCUCAGGAGAGACCUUUGUCGUCUCCUAUUCAGAUGCGGCUGUGAUUGUGUACGAUACCAAGACAGGUGAGCAGGUUGGCUUCAUGGACAGCUUGGAGACGUAUGAUGGCACGAACAAGACGAGCGUCAACGCAGUGGUGGCUACUACCAUCGGAUUGGACCAGGGGAACCAGCAUCACGGCACCAAUAUUGGCGGAGAAGAAGAUCCGGCCAUGGGAGGACCAACUGGUGGCGGGCGCUCAAUGGCAGGCUCUGGCGUAGAGGGCACCAUCAUCUCUGGCCACGAGGAUCGUUUCGUACGAUUCUUUGAUGCCAAUAGCGGUCAAUGCACCUACAACAUGCUGGCCCAUCCCGAUGCCAUCUCCAGCCUGUCACUCAGCCCUGAUGGGCGCGAGCUGGUGAGUGCCGGCCAUGACGCCUCGCUCCGGUUCUGGAGUCUGGAGAAGAGAACAUGUAUUCAAGAAAUCACAAGUCAUCGGGUAAUGCGAGGAGAGGGCAUCUGCACGUGCGUUUGGAGUCAGGACGGCAAGUGGGUGGUUAGUGGAGGGGGCGAUGGCAUUGUUAAGGUGUUUGCGCGAUAA